AUGGCCAGAGUCUUACUACUAAUGAACAACAACACAAAGGAGCAUGGGUUACUAAAGCUAGUGGUGGUCAUAGACGUCAUCGUCGGCGUCGGCGGCGGCGGCGGAAACAGGUUAGAUGUCUACGGAAACCCGAUACUCAUACGAGGAGGAUUCGGAAGAUAUUACGAUCAAUGUUAUCCUUCUUCUGAUGAUAAUACUAAUGAGGAUUGGCAAGCAUUAGGAUUCUCGGAGCGAGACUUUGAAUCGUUGGGUAGAGACCUCAAUAGACCUGGUUCCUGUAUGUUUGCUCUAUUAUUGAUGAUAUACCUUGCUGUAGAGGAGAAUGAGGCAGCAGGAGUUGUCUUAAAGACUAUCUACCAGUAG